AUGGCCGAGUCAAUCAGAGACCCGACAAGCCAGUCCAUCGCCUCUGAUCCGGUCGAAAUCGGCGUCCCUCAGUCGCUGGCCAGGGCUGUCCUGUCUCGCCGCUCCGAAUACCUCCGCCCAGCUGAGAUCCGAGUCAAGGUGGGGACUUGGAACGUGGCGGCGUGCACGGGGACCGACAAAGACCUUGCCGGCUGGUUCACCGAAGAUGCGGAAGUUGGCAGAAGCCUCUCGGCCCUCGACAUCUCCGAUGCUCCUCCACGACGUUCGACUGAGUCGGGCAAUGAAGCUCCCGAACCGAGACGAGCGGGGAAGAACGGCGGGUAUGAUCUCUACGUGCUGGGACUGCAAGAAGUGGUGGACCUCAACCAGACGAGAGAGUACAUGAACCGGCUUUACGUCGAUAACGGGCCCAUGGAGAAGUGGACCGCAGCCCUGGAAGCAGCAAUACCCCAAGGGUAUCAGCUUGUCGUCUCAGAGCAAAUGACGGGACUGUUGCUCCUGGUUUACGCCUCUCCCGCGAUUGCCCCCACAAUAAGCAAUGUUUCCACGCAACAGGUUGGGACAGGACUGCUCGGAUAUUUUGGAAACAAGGGUGCCGUGGCUACUCGUCUUGUGCUGGGCGAAACUACAAAGCUCCUCUUUGUCAAUUGCCAUCUCGCUAGCGGCGCAGAUUCGGCUUCUCUGAACAGGCGGUGCUGGGAUGUAGGGCAGAUUGUGUCGAAAACCCAGUUUGACCCAAUCGUGAUUGGAGGCGUGUCUGACGAUGAAGGGGACAGGAUUGGAGACGAAGAUUUUGCAUUUUGGUUUGGAGACAUGAAUUUCCGCCUCGAUGGGCUACCGGGAGAUGACAUUAGAAGGCUCCUGACGUUGCAUGCUCGGGGAGAGUACGAUUUGAGCAACGAUAAGCCUCCACCUAUAGAAGGCGACGAUGGCAUCAUAGUCAUGAGGUCGUCAGAAAGCGACGACGAUACAACCACAAUGUCAUCAAUGCAUUCCAGAGACCAUAGCUUUGACCAGAGCUUUGACUCGGAAAGCUCUCUGCCAGACCCAGACGAUUUUCCGGAGGACCCCAGCCAGGAUCCGGCUUCUCUACAGGCAACUAUCGACUCGCUUCUACCGCAUGACCAACUGAGACGAGUAAUUAAGCAACAGAAACUGUUCCACGACGGCUGGAGAGAAGGGUCCAUUUCAUUCCUACCAACUUUCAAGUACGAUGUCGGUACGUUUGGCUUAUUUGAUACAAGCGAGAAGCAGAGGGCGCCUAGCUGGUGCGAUCGGGUCCUCUACAGGACACGCAAGGACAGGGAGGCGUAUGAGAAGAAAGUGGAGGAAUUGAAAGAGGCCAAGUUAAAGGAUGAAGAGAUGAGAGCGAGAGGGAUUGAGGAAGAUGACGAUGUGCUCUUCAGCUAUGACCCCGACACCGAUGGGGAGGAACAACCGCCAAAGGCAGCAUCCAGUGAGGCAUACGAUGAGUAUGAAGAGUAUGAUAUAAAUGACACUGGUGCGGAAGCAGACGAUGGCGAUCAAGAUCAAAUCUCUCUCGAUUUUUACACCUCACAUCAGCGAAUCACGUCUUCAGACCACAAGCCAGUCAUUUCCGUAUUCACUCUACGCUAUGACGCUGUUGACCCGGAAAAGAAGGCUCAAAUCCAUUCGGAAAUUGCUUUUGAGCUGGAUCGAGCUGAGAAUGAGGGCCGACCAGGCGUCACCCUCAUCGUGGAAGGUGGCCACGGCCAGACGGAUGGCGUCGUUGACUUUGGCGAAGUCGGCUUCUUCGAGACACACUCAUGCUCGAUAACCAUUGCCAACACUAGUAGUGCUGCUGCUAGCUUUGAGUUUCUUCACGAGACGCAGACAAGCGAGGACGAUUUGGGCUCUUCAAAGUGGUUAAAGACGUCAUUCCACCGGCCUGACGAUGACGGCAGUAAGAGCCAGCUGGGGUCAUCGGUGACGCUCGAACCCGGCGAGACGAUACUGGCCAUUGUCGAGGCGCGCGUCUCUGAGAUUCCACAUGUCCGCGCGCUGAACGAUGCCAGUUGCAAGUUGGACGAUGUUUUGGUAUUGCGCGUCGAGGGUGGCAAGGACCAUUUUGUUCCCGUACACGGGACCUGGCUCCCGAGCUGCUUCGGCCGGUCGAUUGACGAGCUGAUUCGAGUGCCGGAAUACGGGAUCCGAAAGUUUGUCAAGGAGAAGAACAUCCAAGGGACCAUCACAUACGACUGGGAUGUGCACUGCUCUGCGCCACGAGAGCUUUUUAAACUUACAGAGGCGAUCCAGACCGUGGCCGAGCGAUGUAUAGCCGACGAGGCGAUGUUAGAGGACUUGACUGUGCCACGGGAUCCCGGCUGGCCAUUUGACUCCUCGACAUGGACUGUGGAGGUCGCCAAACAAGACGAACUAAAGGCAGCACUUAUCUCUGCACUGGACACAAAUUCGCCCCUGGCGGAUGCUCUACCAGUGGAACUGCUGUCAACGCAGAAGUUGGAGAUUUACUCUUCCAUUUUGCUCCUAUUCCUUGCAUCCCUCAUGGAUGGACUCGUUCCACCGCAUCUUUGGGCCAAGCUUUCGAUCGAACUGCCAAACCUAGGUUCACUGCCGGUAGCGUCGUGGCCGGAUGUGAAGAAUCACAUCCUCGAUUCACUAUCAAUGUCUCCAAGCCAUAACAUUGCAUUUGUCUUCUUGACAGCCACACUAUCCCGCGUCGUUGGCGAGCUGACUUCCGCCACACAGCCAUCGCCUGCGCUCGGCGCAUUGACUCGACGACUAAGUUUCCGCCCUGGAGAGACGGAAGCUACUAGGAAGAGGAGGAUGAGGGAGAGGAGAUACGCCGAGAUUGUGAGCCCAUUGCUGUUCCGAACGAGCGAUGACAAGGACAAGGCGAAGAAGGAUAGGGAGCGGAUCGUCUUGGAAAUGUUCUUGAGGAAGGACGAUCGGAGUUAGAUGCUCGGCCGAGAGGCGAGGCGUGGUUGGCCCGUUUGGCGGAAGAUGCGGUGGCGUCGAGUUGUUGACUGCGAGGGGGUAUAGAACGUAUGUCUUUAUUUGGAUGAUGGUUUGUGGCGUGAUGUGAUUGUGAUUCAUGCGAUGGAUACCAUGCUUGGAGUAUAUAUAGAAAGACGUUACGAGUAGUUGUUACUGUGUGUAUUUACUUUUUUCUUCUCUUGAG